AUGACUUCCUCCAUUUGGCCUGGGAUUUGUAUGAGCUUGCACAAUAUUGAAGAGAAUGGUUCUUGGAAGUUUGGGGAUGGCUCUAAGAUUAACUUCUGGUCCGAUACGUGGCUUUCUAAACCUGCUACUGAUUUUCUUGAGAUUCAUGCCUUUGUGCAUAACUUUCUCUAUGCCAAAGUCAAAGACUUUCUGGUGAAUAUGAUGUGGGCUAUUCCUAACUUCUUAACCGCUAGCUUCCCUACUCUUACGUCUAAGAUUAAUCUGAUAUCUAUUUCUCGAUUUGAAGUGGAUGAUCAUCUAGUUUGGGUUCCUUCUACAACGAGCAUCAUGACGUUCAAGGAUGCCUAUCUUUUUGCCAAUCCUUAUGGAGUUUCCACCCCAUUCGCUAAGCUUAUUUGA